AUGAUUUUAUCUCCUUAUCUUCUCAGUUUGCUGUACUUUACGACGGUCCGUUCGGCACCGCUCAGCCCCACUGAGAACGAGCUUCGCGAUCUUGUCACUCAAGAAUCAGUCGUCGUACGCGCUGGGAUGGCAACAGUUAUCAAAGACUACCGAGAUGGUGUUACCACUAUCAUUGACCGAAGGGGAUUAAUCGAUCUUGUGUCUGAGCUCCAUGGUGCAUCUGAAGAGCUGCUGUGGAGUUUGUAUCGUUUUGAAAGAUCUCACCUCGCUACUGGCGAGGCAGCAUCAAAAGAUGCCGCUUGUCGAUCAGCCGCUCAAAAUAUAUACGACGUGAUGAAUACGCUUAGUCGUACUACUGGCCAGAUUGAAAACUGGGUCCUUAGGGAGAUAUAG